CAGAGUUUGGGGCGGAGCUGUUUGCGGCCACCGCCUCUUUCUCGAUUGGCUUUUGAGAGUAUUGCUCUUUCCAUUAUGAUGCUCCAAGUCAGCCUCACGGCUCUGUCUCGACGCACUUUGUUGAGGAAAAGCGUCUUCUUGGCUUCUGUUGCCCGCUGUAGACCCGCCGCCUUCAUGUCGACGUUGCUGAUUAAUCAAGCCCAGUAUGCGUGGCUUAAAGAACUGGGGCUUCAAGAGGAAAACGAGGGUGUUUAUAAUGGCUCCUGGGGAGGAAGAGGAGAGGUUGUGACAACAUACUGCCCUGCAAACAAUCAGCCGAUAGCCAAAGUUCGUCAGGCCAGUUUGGAGGACUAUGAAGAAACAGUAAAGAAAGCUAAAGAGGCUUGGAAAAUAUGGGCAGACGUUCCUGCACCCAAACGAGGAGAAAUAGUGAGACAGAUUGGUGAUGCCUUGAGACAGAAAAUCAAAGUUCUGGGAAAUCUGGUUUCUUUAGAGAUGGGGAAGAUCUUUGUUGAGGGUGUUGGUGAAGUCCAGGAAUAUGUGGAUGUCUGUGACUAUGCUGUUGGCUUAUCCCGAAUGAUUGGUGGACCAGUUUUGCCUUCAGAAAGACCUGGGCAUGCCUUAAUAGAACAAUGGAAUCCUUUGGGAUUAGUAGGAAUCAUCACAGCCUUUAACUUUCCUGUAGCAGUUUAUGGCUGGAACAAUGCAGUUGCAAUGGUUUGUGGCAAUGUGUGUCUCUGGAAAGGUGCUCCCACAACAUCCCUUGUUAGUGUAGCUGUUACAAAAAUACUUGCCCAGGUUUUGGAAGAUAACAAACUGCCUGGUGCUGUCUGCUCUCUGACUUGUGGCGGAGCUGAUAUUGGCACAGCAAUGGCAAGGGAUGAAAGAGUAGAUCUGCUGUCCUUCACCGGCAGCACAAAUGUGGGCAAGCAGGUAGCACUGACAGUUCAAGAGAGGUUUGGGCAGAGUCUGUUGGAGCUUGGUGGAAACAAUGCAAUUAUUGUAUUUGAAGAUUCAGACCUUAACCUGGUCAUCCCAUCUGCCCUCUUUGCGACUGUGGGGACAGCAGGCCAGAGAUGCACAACUGCCAGGAGGCUGUUUUUGCAUGAAAGCAUCCAUGAUGAAGUGGUGGAAAAACUUGUGAAGGCGUAUGCACAAGUCCGCAUUGGAGACCCAUGGGAUGCUAACACCCUGUAUGGUCCUCUUCACACAAAGCACGCAGUGAAGAUGUUUGUUGAUGCGGUGGGACUGGCCAAACAACAAGGUGGCUUUGUAGUCUGUGGUGGGAAGGUUAUAGAUCGUCCUGGAAACUAUGUUGAACCAACCAUUGUGACUGGCCUUCCGCAUAACGCACCUAUUGUGCAGACAGAGACGUUUGUCCCUAUUUUGUAUGUGCUGAAAUUUAAGACAGAAGAAGAAGUCUUUGCAUGGAACAAUGAAGUAAAACAAGGACUCUCCAGCAGCAUCUUUACCAAGGAUUUGGGCAGAAUAUUCCGGUGGCUUGGGCCAAAGGGAUCAGACUGUGGAAUCGUAAAUGUCAAUAUUCCAACUAGUGGGGCUGAAAUUGGAGGUGCCUUUGGUGGUAAUAAGCACACUGGUGGCGGAAGGGAGUCUGGCAGCGAUUCGUGGAAGCAAUAUAUGAGACGAUCCACUUGCACAAUCAAUUACAGCAAGGAUUUGCCUCUGGCUCAAGGAAUCAAGUUUCAAUAACAGCCUUGGGAAUGUGCUAGCUUGGCUGAACUUCACAUUUAAGAAUUAAGCACCCGUUGAUUUGAACUUGUAGACUCAGCUACCUGAAACCAACUAGCGUUGAGGAUACUUUACUGCUGCAGUGUUCCUUUCCAGAAAACCCAAUUAUGUUGAAUACUGCAAACCUCUGAAUAAUGUAUCCAGAUUCUGAUACUGUACUCGAGCUCAAGUGAGGCACCUGAUGGGAAAGAGUUCUUUUUCUGUAUCUAUCUGGAGCUUAGAUUAUGACUUGCAAAAUCCUACAACGCCUUCUGUGCCUGCUGCAUUGGUAACAAGCAACAAAACUGUGCCAAAAUGUAUUGGAAAGAAUUAAUGUGUAGUCAGCUGCAAUGCAGAAAUAAAACUUUUACAUCUCUUGUGA